GGUGCGUCAUGAAGGCGGAAACGGAAACAACGAUUUGGCUCCGUGUUUUGCACAUUUUCUACAGGGACCAAAACGUUUUCAUUCAUUUAAAUAUUUGUUAUAAUGGCUUUGGAAUCAAGAGUUACACAAGAAGAAAUUCGAAAGGUCACAGAAAAGCCUAUAGACCGGGAAAAGACGUGCCCCCUUUUGCUGCGGGUAUUUACGACAAACACUGGCAGGCAUCACCGAGUCGAUGAAUUUGCCCGAGGACAAGUCCCUUCCAGUGAGCUUCAAAUCUACACAUGGAUGGAUGCCUCGCUGAAGGAGCUGACCAGCCUUGUGAAGGAGGUGUACCCUGAAUCUCGGAAAAAAGGAACACACUUUGGCUUUGCCAUUGUUUAUCCCGACCCCCAAAGAAAUGGUUACAGAGUGAAAGACAUCGGCAACACCGUGUCAGGCAGGAAGGGGGAGAAUGACUCCAUGACGCUACAGUCACAGCGUUUCCAGAUAGGGGACUACCUCGACAUAGCCAUCACACCGCCCAACAGAGCCCCGCCACAAAACCCGCGCAUGGGAAUGGGGAGGCCCUUCUGAACCCAGACACACACAACAUUCAACCAAACAAGACAACCUCUAAACAUACAAAAAGCCUUUUUGGAACACACUGACUUUGAGUCUUACUUUCACUCAGGAGACUGACUUUCCAUAGCACCAUCCUCCAGAUUCUACUGCACCCAUAUGCAUCAUUUUUGUAUUUUUUAUCUUAUAGGUGAUAUUUUUAUCAGACAACGUAUGGAACCCUUUUAAGAUUGUCUCUCUGCGUGGAUAAUGUGUAAUAAAGUAGCCUUU